AUGGACUACGUCAACAUGAUAUUCGCCCAUAGGCCUGAUCCAACUGUAAUGAUGGAAGAAAUUGUCCGCGCUUUCAACUAUGAGAUCGAGAAAGGCUGGGUGUUGUAUUGGGUUACUUCUGAAUGGCCUGCCUGGGAGAUUGAGGAUGCCUUCCAUGUCGUGGACAAGCUGAAUCUGCUGAGCGGCACCAACACAAGUAUGACUUCAAGCUCACCCCCGAGUCCAAUUCUUACUGAACUGAAGCUUCCAUAA